GGGAGAUUGUGUAUAUAAAGCAGUGCAAACAGCAGACUGCAGUGACAGCUUAGCACCCAGACAAACAGAGUCUCACCAGGACAACUUUAACUCACGGUUUAUAAUCCGAUCUCAUUAACAGCUGAAAUGGCUGACAAAGAUUUGUUAAUGAUUGAAAGCUACUUUGACAGCAGCUCUGGAUUUUCAGACUGCAUGGACUUUGACGAGCUGGAUUACUCUGAUCCUCUGGCCAUGAGUGGCAGAUGUGACCAGCACAAAGGACUCCAUAUCGAGGUCACCAAGGAGCCUCUUGGCAUGCGCCGUGUUGCAAAUGUUGUAAUCGCACUGCACAGGCUGAAGCACACUCAAUGUGUUCAGUCCACCGAGUUCACUGACCACGAACUUUUUAAUAUCUUCAUGGAGAAUGUGAUUGAAGAGAACAUGGCGAUCAACUUGAAGUGCAGUGAAUCCAAGAGUUACUGUAUGCAGGACAAGGUUGUCCAGUGCUCUAUAUGUGACAAGUCUAAAAGGACCUUGGUACGGAAGGAGAAUCUUCCUCUUCUUCUGGCUAUUACUCUGAAGGGUGGAAAUGAGAAAUUUAAAGCAUGGUUUAACCUCUCAGCCUACAAUCCACCAAACUGUACAGAAAUCACAAAAGGCCAGCCUGUAUGUUUGGGAAUUGUAAAGAGCAACCUCUUUCUCUCCUGCACACUGCAGAAUGAAACUCCAAUGCUAGGCAUAGAGGAGGUAAAAGACAAAGAGACACUGAAGGACAUAAAGGAGAAUGAUGGCAUGGAGCGCUUCCUUUUCUUCAGAAAUGGCAGUGGUGACUUUCUGAACACCUUUGAGUCGGUCAAAUACCCAGGCUGGUUCAUCACAACCUCAAAGGAGGACUUUAAGCCAGUGCAAAUGGCUAAGCAGCAGCCCAGUCACCUCCAGCUGUUCACACUCCAUGAUGAGACAGUAGUCUCUCAGAGUGACAUCUAAAUAAGAAAAUCAGUUUCCAGAAAGUAUGUACUAAGUACAAGUGUCAAAUUACAUGUUUAAGUACUGCAUAUCUCAGUUCAGGAUGUUCUUGUUUGUAGUUUCACAAAAGUGAGUUCAAAAUUUUAUCUUUUUUAUAUACAACAUUUAUAAUGUAUUUAAAAUGUAAAUCAUUUGUAAUUUGUGUGUUUAUACAGUAGUAACACAUGAGGUUUGUUUUUAUAAAAUGUUAUUUAAAUUAUUUAUUACAAAGGUUGUAUUCACUACUCUAAUUUACUGUUACAUUUAAAAGCCAAAUAAAAUAUAUUUUGU